AUGACAAAGUUUGUUGUGGAAUCAGUGUCAAAGUAUGGAGGACGUAUAGGUUUAAUAAAAAAUGUAGAAAGACUUCCUGAUAAAACGUUCAAGACUCCAAUGCUGCUCUAUUUGCAUCCACAACUGAGUCGUGAGGUUCUAGAAUUAUCUGGCUUUGAAUUGUCAAAAGAUUUUGCCAUAUCACUUCCAGUAAGCAACGUUGAACAAAUGGAGAAACCUCUUGAAAUUUCCGGCAAAGGUAUUUCUGAUUUCUGGGCUUUAAAAGAAAGUCUGACGUUUUGUAGUUUAAAAAAUGGAAGUAUCUUCUCACCAUCAGCAUCUCAAGACAAGGAUUCAGUUCCUAUUUACAGAAAGUCUGAAAGGCUUAACAUCACACCACAAAGAUACAUGAAAAUGAUGGAAGUCUUCAAACCAGAUUUUUACACAACGCUCGCUGACGGUGACUCGUUUAAAGAUUGUCCUAAAAGAAGAGUUGCAAAAGCUUCUGAGAAAAGUAGACGGUUCUACGAAGAAUCUGUACAACUGAAGAAAUCAUCAGCAGUUCUUAAAAAUUCGUUUAUGAUUGGAACAAUUGUCGGAGGCUUUAAUGAAUUUGAAAGAAGGAAAAUUGUAGAAGAAAUGAAUAAAAAAAGUGAAGAUGUUGAUGGAUAUUUCAUAGAUGGAUUACAUAGAAAUGGACAUGAAGCAGCUGAAAUUGAUGUCACUUCUUUGAAAGAAAUUGUUUCUUCAACAAUCGCACAACUUCCUCAAGAAAAGCUGAAAGUUAUGUCGGGUGCUUAUCUACCAAACGUUACAUUGGAACUUAUUGCUCAAGGAAUUGAUUUAUUCGAUUCGUCAUUAGUUAAUCUCGUGACAAAUGCCAACCGUGCAAUGGUUUUCAAUUUUAACAUCAACAAACCAGCAAAAUUAUUUCCAGAAAUUGAUUUGUUGGAUUCUAAAUACAAAGACGAUUUUAAGCCAUUCCUUGAAGGAUGUUCUUGUCUUGCUUGCAGAAAACAUACAAGAGCAUACACAAAUCAUCUGUUAACGACUCACGAGCUAUUAGGUCCAAUGCUGCUCACCAUUCACAAUCUUCAUCAUUACAGAGAAUUCUUCGCAACAAUUCGAAAUGCAAUCGCAAGUGACAAAUUGAAAGAACUCACCGAACUCAUAUCAGAACAAUAUCAAGAAGCUGAGGGAAAAUUAUAUUACGAAAGAAAAAUCGAUAAUAAACCAGGAAAAUAUAAAGAAAAUCUAAUUGCAAAAGAUUUUAUUUAA